CUGUUAUUUCUGUACCUCCCCUUCCCAUUGUUUUAGUUUCUUCCCCUAUCCUUGUUUUAGUUUCUCCCCCUCCCUUUUACCACAACAGCAGUAGCUCAACCUCGCCCUAUUGCUCGUAUUCUAGGUGGCCAGUGCCGAUGGAUCUUGAUCCACCUGUCAUUUUUGUUGACCCCUUAUAUUCCCCCACCUAG